UCUGAGCUCCGCGCCCCGCGCGGAACCGACCCCGUGCCCAUGGCUCUGAUCAUGGAACCGGUGAGCAAAUGGUCUCCGAGUCAAGUCGUGGACUGGAUGAAAGGUCUUGAUGACUGUUUGCAACAGUAUAUCAAGAAUUUCGAGAGGGAGAAGAUCAGUGGGGACCAGCUGCUGCGUAUCACACAUCAGGAACUAGAGGAUCUGGGAGUCAGCCGCAUCGGCCAUCAGGAGCUGAUUUUGGAAGCGGUUGACCUUCUGUGUGCACUGAAUUAUGGCUUGGAAACAGAAAAUCUAAAAACUCUUUCUCACAAGUUGAAUGCAUCUGCCAAAAAUCUACAGAACUUUAUAACAGGGAGGAGAAGGAGUGGCCAUUAUGAUGGGAGAACCAGUCGAAAAUUGCCAAAUGACUUUCUGACUUCAGUUGUGGAUCUGAUUGGAGCAGCCAAGAGUCUGCUUGCUUGGUUGGACAGAUCACCAUUUGCUGCUGUCACAGACUAUUCAGUUACAAGGAAUAAUGUCAUACAGCUCUGCUUGGAAUUAACAACAAUCGUGCAACAGGAUUGUACUGUCUAUGAAACAGAGAAUAAAAUUCUUCAUGUGUGUAAAACUCUUUCUGGAGUCUGUGACCACAUCAUAUCCCUGUCGUCAGAUCCUCUAGUUUCACAGUCUGCCCACCUUGAAGUGAUUCAGCUGGCAAACAUCAAACCAAGUGAAGGGCUGGGUAUGUAUAUUAAAUCAACAUAUGAUGGCCUCCAUGUAAUUACUGGAACUACAGAAAAUUCACCUGCGGAUCGGUGCAAGAAGAUCCAUGCUGGCGAUGAAGUGAUUCAAGUUAAUCAUCAGACUGUGGUGGGGUGGCAGUUGAAAAAUUUGGUGAAUGCACUACGAGAGGACCCGAGUGGUGUUAUCUUAACUUUGAAAAAGCGACCUCAGAGCAUGCUUACCUCAGCACCAGCUUUACUGAAAAAUAUGAGAUGGAAGCCCCUUGCUCUGCAGCCUCUUAUACCUAGAAGUCCCACAAGCAGCGUUGCCACGCCUUCCAGCACCAUCAGUACACCCACCAAAAGAGACAGUUCUGCCCUUCAGGAUCUCUACAUCCCCCCUCCUCCUGCAGAACCAUAUAUUCCCAGGGAUGAAAAAGGAAACCUUCCUUGUGAAGACCUCAGAGGACACAUGGUGGGCAAGCCAGUGCAUAAGGGAUCUGAAUCACCAAACUCAUUUCUGGAUCAAGAAUAUCGAAAGAGGUUUAAUAUUGUCGAGGAAGACACUGUCUUGUAUUGUUACGAAUAUGAGAAGGGAAGAUCAAGUAGUCAAGGAAGACGAGAAAGCACCCCAACUUAUGGCAAGCUACGACCUAUAUCUAUGCCAGUGGAAUAUAAUUGGGUGGGGGACUAUGAAGAUCCAAAUAAGAUGAAGAGAGAUAGUAGAAGAGAAAACUCUCUACUCCGAUAUAUGAGCAAUGAAAAAAUUGCUCAAGAAGAGUACAUGUUUCAGAGAAACAGCAAAAAAGACACAGGGAAGAAGUCUAAAAAGAAGGGUGAUAAGAGUAGUAGCCCGACUCACUAUUCGUUGCUACCUAGUUUGCAAAUGGAUGCACUGAGACAAGACAUCAUGGGCACACCUGUGCCAGAAGCCACACUGUACCAUACAUUUCAGCAGUCUUCUCUGCAGCACAAAUCAAAGAAGAAAAAUAAAGGUCCUAUAGCUGGCAAGAGCAAAAGACGAAUUUCUUGCAAAGAUCUUGGCCGUGGUGACUGUGAGGGCUGGCUUUGGAAAAAGAAAGAUGCGAAGAGUUAUUUUUCACAGAAAUGGAAGAAAUACUGGUUUGUCCUAAAGGAUGCAUCCCUCUAUUGGUAUAUUAAUGAGGAGGAUGAAAAAGCAGAAGGAUUCAUCAGCCUGCCUGAAUUUAAAAUUGAUAGAGCCAGUGAAUGCCGCAAGAAAUAUGCAUUCAAAGCCUGUCAUCCUAAAAUCAAAAGCUUUUAUUUUGCUGCUGAGCAUCUUGAUGAUAUGAACAGGUGGCUUAACAGAAUUAACAUGCUGACUGCAGGAUAUGCAGAAAGAGAGAGGAUUAAGCAAGAACAAGAUUACUGGAGUGAGAGUGACAAGGAAGAAGCAGAUACUCCGUCAACACCUAAACAGGACAGCCCUCCACCCCCCUACGAUACAUACCCACGGCCUCCCUCUAUGAGCUGUGCCAGUCCUUAUGUGGAAGCAAAACACAGCCGGCUGUCCUCCACAGAGACCUCCCAGUCGCAAUCCUCCCAUGAGGAGUUUCGCCAGGAAGUGACUGGGAGCAGUGUGGUGUCCCCCAUUCGCAAGACAGCCAGUCAGCGGCGCUCCUGGCAGGAUUUAAUCGAGACGCCCCUGACAAGCUCGGGAUUACACUAUCUUCAGACUCUGCCCCUGGAGGAUUCUGUCUUCUCUGACUCGGCGGCCAUCUCCCCCGAGCACAGGCGGCAGUCCACCCUGCCGACACAGAAGUGCCACCUUCAGGAUCACUAUGGGCCGUACCCCUUAGCUGAGAGCGAGCGGAUGCAAGUGUUAAAUGGAAACGGGGGCAAGCCUCGAAGUUUCACUCUGCCACGAGAUAGCGGGUUCAACCACUGCUGUCUGAAUGCGCCGGUUAGUGCCUGUGACCCGCAGGAUGACGUGCAGCCCACAGAGGUGGAGGAAGAGGAGGAGGAGGAGGAGGAGGAGGAAGGGGAGGCAGCAGGGGAAAACAUAGGAGACAAAAGUGAAAGUAGGGAAGAAAAGUUAGGAGACUCUUUGCAAGAUUUAUACAGGGCAUUGGAGCAAGCCAGUCUGUCGCCCCUGGGAGAACAUCGCAUUUCAACCAAGAUGGAAUACAAACUAUCAUUUAUAAAAAGAUGUAAUGAUCCUGUGAUGAAUGAAAAACUACACAGGCUGAGGAUUCUCAAAAGCACUUUAAAGGCCAGAGAAGGGGAAGUAGCCAUUAUCGAUAAAGUACUAGACAAUCCAGACUUGACAUCGAAAGAAUUCCAGCAGUGGAAGCAGAUGUACCUCGAUCUUUUCUUGGAUAUCUGUCAGAACACCACCUCAAAUGACCCAUUAAGUAUUUCUUCUGAAGUAGAUGUAAUCACUUCCUCUCUCACACACACUCAUUCAUACAUUGAAACGCAUGUGUAA